GGAAUCACCCUUCUGAUGAUGGGAUCUGUUGGUGAAUUGCCACAAGCACCUGCGCAAAAGACUGUGUUUGUUGAAGACAUGACAGAAGCACAGUUAGCUUCAGCUUAUGAAAUGCCAACUGGGCUUCAGAAUCUUGGAAACACCUGUUACAUGAAUGCAACUGUGCAAUGUUUGCGCAAUGUCCCGGAACUAAAGGAUUCACUUGUAAAAUACAACACUCUUGGAAGCCCAACAGACUCAGCACACUCAGUUACAGCGGCACUCAGAGAUCUCUACAAAAUCAUGGACAAAACACCAGAUUCUUUGCCGCCCAUUAUUUUUCUGCAGGUUUGGGCAAUUCUUUUGUAUCAACAGGUUGCACAGUUAGUUGGGUAAUUGGGAACUACAUGUUGUAAA